UAUAAUACGAAUGCACGACUGUGAGAGUCGCUGAGGCUGCCGCCGCCGCCGCCGCGAGCCAGUCACCGUCGAGCGUCGUUGCUUUCAUGGUGUAGUGCGGCUGCUGCUGCAGCUAUUCGCGCGGGCGCCAACAACCAUAUAGUACUAGCAGCAACGCCGAGUCACCGAGAGAAAGAGCGAGAUAGACACCAGCGAGCGCUCUACAGUCCAUACACACACUUACAUUAUACAUAUACCUCAGUCGGAGUUUAUAACAAAUUUCUAACGGGCGCGCUGCUGCCUGGCCGUCGUGUGUGCAGACUUACGACUCCUCUCUCCGAGUGGCCAGCCUCCAGUCUACUCUUGGCAAUUCUCCGGUCUCUAGCAACAACGUGUGUGUGUGCGUGCGUGCAUUAUUUACGCACGCAGAAUUUUGCUUCGAUCAGCGUACGUUGCGAGAGUGCAUUUAUUCGGCGCGUCGUGCGUGUAGUGUACGAGUGUACAAUAUAGAUCCCGGAGACUCGUCCAGCCGCAGGAGAGAGAAAGAGAGAGAGAGCGAGCGCAAGAGACCGGACGCGCGCGCGGCAACCCAGCGCAGCAACAAUAACAAUUCAGCAUAUCGCAACAACGAUGCCGUGACAAAUGAUGAAAAAUUUCCGAAAGCUUCUGUGAACAACGCAGUGCGUUUUCUGAUUCCGCGAGUGUGUGCGUGUGUCUGUGCGUGUCUGCGUGAGUGCAGUGUUGUGCUGCGGUGCAGUGCAGUUUGUGCCUCCGCGAAAUUAUUAUUAUAAUACAGCAUAUAUAAAAAUAAAAUACGUGCCUUUCGGAGCUGCUGCUGCUCUGCUGCAGAAACUAGCGGCAGCGUGCGAGCUCUGUGUGUGUAUAUAUCUGUGCCUGCGUGUGUCUUUUUUCGUGCCUUUGCAUAGUUCCGAGCUCUCGCCUUGUAUCUUAUACGGCGAUUCGGAGGGAAAAGAGAAAGAGAGAGAGAGAAAAUUUACAAGAUUGUGCGUUCGCAUGCUGGCUGCACCAAGCCCAAGGAAUGCACGAGCAUCUAUUGUGAUAUAUUUCCAUUCGCAACCACCGAGUUCAACGCUUCGCUGUGUUUUUUUUUGUUUUUUCGUACUACCACGAGCUCUCGUGGUGGCCGAUUCUACGCUGCAUUUGUAUAGGGGAAUGAAAAUGUAUUGGAGUGAAUUUUGAUCAGUAUUUCACAAAUCAUGACGAGUAGAAGAGAUAAAGCAUCCAGCGGCUUUCUGGACACAUGGUUCGGAAGGCCAAAAAAAUCCGGCCGAGGAGGUAGUACAGGGCCCAACACGAUGCCUCGGCCCAAUUCCGACGAUUUUAACGAGAUCGAGCAGCAGCGCUGCAUGAUCGAACGCAUGGACGACGAGACUACCAAUGAUAAGUUCGAAGAACUAUUGGCAAACAUGAAUCUGUCGGACGCGAAAAAGGAGCCGCUACGACAGCAGUCGGCGCAAAAGAAGAAAGAGAUGCUGAUACUGCACUACAAAGGCAGCAUACAAGAGAGUAGAAACAAAUUUGACAAACCGGCCGAUUACAUACAGUACCUGUCGCAGCCGGACAUAAGCGUCAACAAGAUCCACGCGUGCGUCGAGUCUCUCAGGAUCGCGUUGACCAACAAUCCUCUGAGUUGGGUCCAGGAAUUCGGCACCAAAGGCCUCAAACAAGUUCUCGUCACGCUCAACGAGUGUUAUCGCAAUGUUAUCGUGCAAGUAAAUAAACUUAGCGACAGCCGAUACGAGCGAAUUCAAUACGAGUGCAUACGAUGCCUCAAAGCGAUCAUGAACAACACCGUCGGCAUCAAGGAGAUGCUGGCGCACCACGAGGCGUUGACGAUCGUCGCCCGUUCCCUGGAGCCGUCGAAGCCGUCGGUCAUGUGCGAAGCUGUCAAGCUCCUCGGUGCCGUCUGCCUCAUAUCCGGCGAGAGUCACAAAAAAGUCCUCGACGCCAUAACGAUGAACGGCGAGUUCAACGGCAAGGACCGCUUCCUACCUAUCGUUCAGGGUCUCAUGAACAAACAGAACGAAAAUUUACGAGUUGUGUGUCUGCAACUGAUAAAUUCCAUCAUAUCGUCGGCAGAGGAGCUCGACUUUCGAUUGCAUUUACGAAACGAAUUGAUGCGCGUCGGCUUGGCAGAUAUACUCGAAACGUUGGAGAACGAAGACGAGUCGGAAGAUCUAACGAGGCAUUUGAAAAUUUUCAACGACAUCAAGGACGAGGAUUACGAGGAGUUCGUGCAACGGUUCGAUCACGUCAGGCUCGAGCUGGACGAUGUCAACGAUUGCUUCGAGGUCGUCAAGAACAUGGUCAUGGACACCGUGGCCGAGCCGUAUUUUCUCUCGAUACUGCAGCAUCUGCUGUUCAUCCGAGACGACGCUCAGAUAAGGCCGGCUUACUACAAGCUCAUCGAGGAGUGCGUGUCGCAAAUUGUUCUGCACCGUUCGGGCUGUGAUCCGGACUUUCGAGCCACCAAGCGAUUCAAGAUCGACGUGCAGCCGCUGAUCGAGACUCUGGUGGAGAAGUCGCGCGCCGACGAGGAGCAGCGGCUCAUCGAGAUGACGCAGAAGCUCGAGGACGCCAUAGCCCGCAAGCAGGAGGCCGAGGCAAAAUUGCAGCACGCAGAAAACAUCAUUCGCGAGCUCGAGCAAGGCACCGGUCGCACUACCGGUGGCAUUGGAUUGAAACUUGUAAAUAGUUCUGGUGGUCCACCUCCACCUCCACCACCAAUGCCUGGACCAGGCGGUGGCGGUCCACCUCCUCCACCGCCACCACCGAUGAUGCCUGGCAUGGGACCACCACCGCCACCUCCAAUGCCCGGCAUGGGUGGUCCUCCAAGGCCACCACCACCACCUAUGAUGCCGGGUAUGGGCCCUCCACCGCCUCCGAUGCCAGGCAUGGGACCACCACCACCUCCGGGUAUGCCUAGGAUGCCCAUGCCAAAUGCUGUCCAAGUACUACCACACGGUAUGAAACCGAAGAAAAAAUGGGACGUCGACAAACCUCUUAAAAGAGCCAAUUGGAAAGCAAUUUUACCUCACAAGAUGUCUGAGAAGUCAUUUUGGGUCAAGGUACAAGAAGAUAAAUUGGCCAGUCCAGAUUUAUUAAAUGGGUUAGCGCAGAAGUUCUCAUCGAAACCACCAACGAGAAAAAUAGACGAUGUAGUUGAUAGCAGGUCAAAUACCGCGAAAAAGGUCAAGGAUUUGAAAGUACUCGAUGGUAAAUCGGCGCAAAAUAUCUUGAUUCUGCUCAACGGUACGCUCAAACAUGUAUCUUACCAAGAGGUCAAAUCAUGUUUGUUACGAUGCGAGGGUCCAGUUAUCAACGACAACAUUCUCCAAGGACUUAUUCAGUAUUUACCACCACCAGAUCAAUUAACUAAAUUACAAAAUUACAAAGAUCAGUACGACGAUCUGACGGAAGCCGAGCAGUUCUGUGUCACAGUUUCGCAAAUAAAACGACUAUUACCGAGGCUAAGGUCGCUGAGUUUUAUGUUAAAAUACGAUGAGCUUGUUGCGGAUAUCAAACCUGAUAUCGUUGCCGGUACAGCUGCCUGCGAAGAAGUCAAAAGUAGUAAAAAGUUUGCCAAGAUUCUUGAACUUAUUUUAUUGUGCGGUAAUUACAUGAAUUCAGGAUCGAAAAAUGGACAAGCUUUCGGAUUUGAAAUUAGUUUCCUUACAAAAUUGACGAGUACAAAAGACAUAGAAAACAAGCAGACGUUGUUACACUAUCUAGUUGACACAAUUGAAAGGAAGUUCCCGGAUUGCUUGAGCUUUUCUGAAGAAUUAACACACAUAGAUAGAGCAAGUAGAGUGUCGCUAGAAAAUAUUCAACGAACUCUGCGACAAAUGGACUCUAACAUUCGUAAUCUAGAGCAGGAUCUCAAUAACGCAAAAAUACCUCAAAGUGAUCAAGAUCACUUUGCAAAAGUCAUGACGCCGUUCGGUAAAAAAGCUCGAGAAUCGUAUGAAACUAUGCAAAGUAUGUUCAAGCAUAUGGAUAGUUUAUACACAGAAAUAUCAGAAUUUUUCGUAUUCGAUAAGGCAAAAUACACGAUUGAAGAAUUUUUUGGCGAUAUCAAAAAGUUCAAAGAUGACUUUUUACAAGCACAAAAAGAAAUUAUUAAACUUCGCGAAACAGAAGAGAAGCAACGCCGUGCACGAGAAGCGCGAGAAAAGGCGGAAGCGGAAAGAGCAGCGAGAGCCGAACGCAAACGUGCUCUGGUUGACAUGAACGCUCACGAGACUCAAGAAGGAGUGAUGGACAGCCUCAUGGAAGCUCUGCAAACUGGUUCGGCAUUCAGCAGACCCGAUCAGCGUCGAAAGCGUCAAAUACGCGCCGCCGGUGCUGAAAGAAGAGCACAAUUGAAUAGGAGUCGUUCUCGUACAGGAUUGGUUGGAACGGGGUUACUUGGUAGAGAAUUAUCCACAGAACUUCUUGGUUCAGCGUAGCAUAAGGUCUCUGACAAGGAAUAAGCUGUGAUGAGAUAUUUUUGAAAGCAAAUAAAUUUUUUAGAAUUCAAUAGUCAGGUGUCCCUAAAAAGUACAUGAAAAAUUGUAUGCCUUGAAAAUGACAAAAUUAUUGUAAUCACCCCGUCCAAGCAGAUACACACUGUUCUAAUGUUAAUAGAGAAGCAAAUUAUUUUUUACAACUUUAAAAGUUGUAAGUUUAAUAUGGAAUAUGGUCGAAGUAGGAUAUAGAAAUGCUACAAAACCAAUAUUUUUUAUGAAGAAUACCAGAACGAAGAAAAAUGCAAAAGAUAACUUUCAAUCCAUUUCCGAUUUGUUUAAAUUAUUGAAACUUGAACAUUUUACAGCAACAGAGUGUUAAGUUCAAUAAUAAUGGAUUGUGUAUGAAGAACUCAUUACUUGUUUCGAUAUGUCAUUUAAAGUAUAGACAAGAGUUACUUUUAUAGAUAGACAAUAUAACUUGAUUGAACUAUUUCUGUGAAGUACAAGAAAAAGUACACAAUCAUGAUAAGACUACAUGAUUUGAUGAAUGGUAAUUGAAUGAAGUAUGUACCUAAGCACAAAUUCCAAAAACCUAAUGAUCCUGCCUUAAAUUUAUUAAAAUUUCAAAGCUUGUAUCAAAAUGAAUGUUGAGAUAAAAUUAUCUUUGCAUGUUGCUUUUUUUACUUAAAUAAAAAUACUUUCAUGUUGCAAUGUAUAUUUUAAACAUGUACAAAAAGUAAUAUUUAUAUUAAAAUAAAGCAAUAAACAGUUGAUUUGCCUGAGAAUACUAUAUGUGUGUGUAAGUGAAUAAAUGAGAUGUAGAUUUGUAAUUUGAUUGCUUGAAUGAAAAAGUAAUCAUUGUAUCUAUACUGUGAAUACAACAUUUUUAGAUGUACACAUUGUUAAAAUAAUGCAACUUGUAAAAAAUGAACAUUUAUUUUGCAUAUAAAAACACAUAUUUAUAUUUUUUCAAAAUACAAAAUGUUGAUCGUAUUGAAAAGUGAAUGGAUGGUACCAAUACAUAUGGCAAGCUUGAUGUCGAAAAGGUUCCCAUAAUGUGUAGUAUCAAAAUUAUAAAUUGUAAAAAAAAUUUAUUGUAAUAAAAUGAGUUUUAAUUGAAAUUGAAAA